AUGGCGCGCAAGGCUAAACAAGAGCUUGCCGUUGAUGGUACUGCGAAGCUUGCAGCUAAAGCAAAGCCUGGCGAUAAGCAUGAAAAGCCCAAUCUCAACAUCGAAGAAGCCACGGUCGCCUCGCCUCGUGAGUCGCGCAAGCGUACUGGUGAUUUCCAUGACUUUGAAGAGGACGAUGAGGACGGCAAUGCUGCCAACUCCGCUAGCAAGUCCGCCACUGCGAAAACAACACAGCCUAAGAAAAAAGCGAAAACCACGUCAUCUGCUGGUACCUCCAAACCCGCCAAGCAGAAGUCCGAAGCAAAGGAAUCCAAGAAGCCGAAAGCCAAAGCCAAAGAGGCUGGCGCAACAGAUCAGACCAUUGGUGCGAGAGUGAAAGCUGAGACGGAUAAACCUGCCAAGGCAAAGAAGGAGAAGAAAGGCAAAACCAACGACAAGGCUAUAGUCAUCGGUCCUUCCGGGGAUACUGCCCAAGUAAACGGGCCUACCAACGACACGAAUGCCGAUGUGAAGGAUAAGACUCCCAAAUCUCAAGAAGAGACUUCCAAGCCGAAGAAGGAGCCGAAGCUUGCCAAAGAAAAGUCUGCCACAAAAAAGGCUAGCGACAAGCCGACCAAGACGAAGAAGGCAGAUAAAAAAGGCACAGCUGAAAUCACUCCAAAUGCUGAAUCAGGUUCGAAAGAUGCCGCACCAGAAGUUGACGCGCCUGCUAGCAAGGCUAAGAAGCCUAGAAAGGAUACGAAGGCUGUGGCUCCGGCAGAACCUGCAGAUGAUUCGGCUACUGCCAUGGAUCAGGAACCCUUUGAAAAAUUGUUGGAUACCGCUAAGGACAAGGAGGUGCAGAAAACUAAGACGCCAAAGACCAAGAAGGACGCGGAGAAGCCUAAGAAAGCAUCAAAGGUGAAAGAAGACAAGACUGGAAAGAAGGAAGCGCUAGCGACGAAAAAAGACAAUGCCAAAAAGACAUCAGAAGCCGCAGAAACAGCCCCAACCAAAUCUAAGUCAAAGAAGCGCAAGGCUUCAGCUACUGCGGACCCAGAGACUGUCAAAUCAGAUAUCCUUGACCCUUUGGCGGAACACGCAUCUUCAAGCAAGAAGCAGAAGAAGGACUCCCGUAAGUCUAUUGGAGAGACUGUUGGUGAGCUGGUGAAUACUGGCUUGGAAGCUGCCGCCCAAGGCGCAAACUCCCUCAAGGAAUCAUUCGGUGGGUUGACCGACGAUGCCUUCGCUACCCUGACUGACAAAACCCCCGAGGUAACCUCAAACCUUGGUAAAGCAGGGGAAGCCGCUGCGAAGAUUGCCGCAAAGGGAAAGGGCAAAAGCAAAGAGGCUGUGGACACUACGAAAUCCGCCCUUUCCCCUCCCUCCCGUGACGGUGAGGACAAUCUCGAAGAUGAUGUUGAGGCCGAAGAGUCCGACCUUGACGAACAGACUGCCGCCUUGAUCAAAGGCUUUGAAUCUGGCGACGACGAACCCGCUGGAGAUAACGGCGCCAUCAAGGGCGGCUAUGAAGAAGGGCAAAAAAUGGCCCGUAUUCCUAAAACCAAGACAACCGAGAAAGCGCUAAAAGCCCUCAAGGACGCCGAAAAUCCUGAACCAGGCGUCGCGUACAUUGGUCGCAUCCCCCAUGGCUUUUACGAGAAGCAGAUGCAAGCUUACUUCGGUCAAUUCGGCACAAUCACGAAGCUUCGUCUCUCGCGCUCCCGCAAGUCUGGCAAAUCCAAGCAUUACGCCUUCAUUGAGUUCGAAAAUAUCGACGUUGCGAAGAUUGUAGUUAACACCAUGCAGAACUACCUCCUCUACGAUCAUAUCCUAAAACUUGGGAUCAUUCCUAAAGAGAACCAGCAUUGGGACAUGUGGAAGGGGGCUAACAAACACUUCAAAUCCGUGCCAUGGAGUAAGAUCGAAGGCAGGAAAUUAGAAAUGCCGCUUGGGAAAAGCCAAUGGCAGAAGAAGAACGCUCGGGAGGAGAAAAAGAGGGAAAGUAAGGCAGAAAAAUUAAAGGAUGUGAUGGAAUACGAGUUUGAGGCGCCGAAAUUGAGAGAUCCAGAGGACGUGCUGAAGGCGAAGGCCCCAUUAAUUGGUGAGGGUCAGAAGGGAGAGGUCAUUCAGCAAGAGCAGAGUGUGAUUACGGCUGUUGAGGAUGUGGCUGGAGGAAGUACGACUGUUGUAAGCGAAACGAUUAAGACCAAGAAGGUGAAGAAGGACAAGAAAGAGAAGAGCAAGAAGCCUAAGGAAGAUAAGAAAGAGAACGGAGAAAAGAUGGAGUCGGUUGUGACUGGCGCGAAAAGGGCGUUAGAGGGCGCUGAGGAAGGUGUUGAGAAGGUGGCCCCAAAGGCGAAGAAAGCAAAGAAGGCAGCGAAGCAGGCAGAUGACGCUUGA